GAUCUAGGACUCGAGACCGUCGUGUCGGUCGUUGCAUCCCGUACUGCCGCAACGAGCCGCGAUCGAGAUCUUUGUGUCUGACGAGGAGCGACAAAAGAAGAGAGUGGGAGAGAAACGUGGAAACGAUUAGAGGAAACCAAGCGAGCGAGCGAGCGAGCGACAGAGAGAGAGAGAGAGAGAGAGAGAGAAAGAGAGAGAGAAAGAGAGAGCGAGAGAUCGAGAAAAUGACUCCCACUCGUGACAAUGAAGAGAUAGAGGGGCGCUCGUAUAAAGACUAUGCUUACAGCCCUGUACCAGUGAGUUCCUCUUCGGCAGUGUUUGAUACUGCCACCCCUGGCAAAGAAUCUGUGGAACUGACAAAUACAGAACGUGGCAGGGAGUCGUGUGGGACGUCGUUUCGCGCCGUUGACAAUUAUCGCCCGGAAGAUAUGACGGAAAAAGGUUCCAAGCUUAUCCAGUUCCUGGCCGCUGCGGCGGGUAAUCUAUGUAUCGUGGCAACUGGUGCGAUGAUGGGAUGGACAAGUCCGGUCCUCCCUAACUUGGAAAAAGACGGUGGACCUUUGGGAUCGCCGAUCACCAGCGAUGAAAGUUCGUGGAUAGGAUCUCUAAUGGCUCUUGGUGCAAUUCCUGGUAGUUUCGUAGCAGGGUAUCUCGGAGAAAGAUGGGGUCGCAAACGAACAGUGCUAUUUGCCGUCGUGCCAUUUUCAAUUGGAUGGGCGUUAGUCGCUUCCGCAGGUGACGUUGCUCAGCUUUAUAUCGCGCGACUAAUAUUUGGAUUCGCUCUGGGUAUUCCAUUCACGGUUCUACCUAUGUAUUGUGGGGAAAUUGCUGAGACUUCCAUCAGGGGAGCAUUGGGCUCAUUUCUUCAGCUCUUUAUCACGAUUGGAUUGUUGUAUUCUUAUGCUAUCGGGCCCUUUGUUAGCUAUACAGUCUUUUGGAUCGUAUGUGCCAUUCUGCCAAUACUCUUCUUCGUCUGUUUCGUAAUAAUGCCAGAGUCUCCGUAUUAUCUUCUCAGCAAAGGCCGCAGAGACGAAGCGAUCACAGCUCUGGCAAAACUCCGAAGUAAAUCCGAAGGAGCUGUCCAGAAGGAAGCUGACGAAAUGCAGGUGAUAAUCGAUGAGGCUUUCAAAGAUCAAGUCAGCAUUUCGGAUCUGUUUAAGGUGAAAGCUAAUUUAAAGGCCCUUAUCUACACCUGUGCCUUGGCUUCCUUCCAACAGCUUACUGGUGUCAAUGUCGUGCUAUUUUAUAUGCAAAACAUUUUCAUUGCUGCUGGGAGCUCCGUCCCAACAGAUAAAGCACCGAUUAUAAUUGGCGUCGUGCAAGUAUUAGCAUCAGCAGUAACGCCCUUGAUCGUAGAUAGAUGGGGUAGAAGGAUGCUCCUCGUUUUCUCUGGCAUUGGAACAACAGUCAGUUUGAUUGCUUUGGGCUUGUAUUUCUAUCUGAAAGAAGUGCAGCAUGCGGAUGAUGUAGUGGCGGAGAUAUCCUGGCUACCGGUAGUCUCGCUCGUUAUUUAUAUCAGCACUUAUAGCGUGGGUUGGGGCCCCCUUCCGUGGGCCGUGAUGGGCGAGAUGUUCGCCUCGAAUGUUAAGGCCAAGGCCUCCGGCAUAACGGUUUCUAUCUGCUGGUUCCUAGCCUUUCUCAUCACCAAGUUCUCCAAAAACAUGGAGAUUGCAUUCGGCAACUACGCGCUCUUCUGGAUGUUCGGCGCAUUCUGUAUCGCCAACAUCCUCUUUACAGUACUUCUAUUGCCGGAAACAAAAGGCAAGAGUUUGCAACAAAUCCAGGACGAGCUUAAUGGAGUCAGUUCGACUACUCUAGAUAUGGAGAACGGCACGAAAAAGUGAAGAUAAAAUAUUCGCAAUUUAUCAUUCUGAAUGUAUAUUAAAUACCUGGUGAGUUCACGACACCUUAAAGAGAUUAGACAUUAUUAUUUAUAAAUUAGAGAUUCUAUUUUCUCGAUAAAAUAGAAUAUAUGAUCAGUUUUUAUAUCUUUAUGAUGCGUAGAAGAGAUUUCGUAUUGCUUAAGAUAAAGAAAAAUUAAAAAUAGCUUAAAAAUGUCACAAUAGGCCGGAUUGUGUAACGUUGCCUACCGUUCUACUGCCAGAUUUAUAGAAAUAUAAACGAUAUGGGCAUAUUUUUAAGCCUGGACUAUUGUCCAGCCUGUUAUUAUCAGCACUGAGACAAAUAUAACCGUGAUUAAUAAAUAAAACAUAGCCGAAUAAUUCAAGUGAAUCACGAGAGAUUUAGAAUGAUCAAUAUUCAGAAAAUUUAUUAAAUAGAGAUUGGUACAUUCUAUUUUUUUUUCUCGUAUACGCGGAUAAUUAUGUUAUUCUCUAUAUGCGAUCGAAAAAAUUUUAUCGUUUUCGGAAAAUGUUACAUUACAUUACAAUUAUACGUAUAUAAAAGAAAUGAUACCAUAACAUAUUUAUAUAUAUAUUUACGUUGAUAUUUUGGUACGUUUAAAUAUCCGUUUGUUUGCUGAUGAGUAUAAAGAAAAUGUGAUAUGCUAAUAAGCGCUCCUGCAAACAUUUUCCAGCAAGUUCCUGUCUAGCCCGUGACUGGAAAACGUCGUAAUAAAGUAAUCAGUAAUAAUAAUUAUUCGACUUUUUUAUCUUUUAUCGAGAUUUUUAUAGUAUUACAUUCUGACUAUAGAUGUAGAGCGAGACAAAAAACCAAAAGGAUUACUCUUGCGACGUAUUUCUCGUUCAUGAGUGAGAGACUAGUCAUUUCGUAACCUACAUCUCUGUAUAAAAAUAAUGUAAUUAUUUAAUGACACUGAAAAUAUUGAAGUCUAAAAGGACAUUUCACACAUUGAUUGAUUAUUAUAUUAUUGAAAUGAAAGAUAUCGCUAGAACUGUCUAAUAAAUUGAUGAAUUAUGUAGCGACUACAUGAAAAUGUGUGAGGCAACUUUGUUGUUAUUAAUAAAUGUUAACAGCAACAAAGUCGUUAUCACAUUUAACAACAAAGCAUAAUUCUUCUAUAUCUUGCAUAUAAUAUAAAUCAUUAUAAUUAAAAAAUAAUAUUUAAAAAUACCGUAUUAUUAUAGUUGAUUCUUAAGUUAGUUUUAAAUUACUCUGUUUUUAAAUAAGUAAUAUUCUAAUAUUAUAUUUAAUAUUAUUCUAUGUUAUUUAUAUUGUAUAAUUAACAUAUAUAGUAAUACUAUGUUCAACUGUACAACGUGUAUUUCUUCUUCUCAGUUCAAAAAAGUUGGACAAAUUUUUAAUUUAAAUUAUUUUAAUAUUACAAAAAAAUAUAAGAACGACAUAAGUAUCUUGUAAUUUAAUAAGACUUUUUUUAAAUUCUUCUUAUCUGGUAUUAUUUUCAAAAUAUAAUUUUAUAAAUUAAAAUGUAAAAUCCGAUAAAAAUUAAAAUUGUAAGAGUGAGAAUCUACUCGAUACACAAAUAAGCGUUGGUCUCAUGUCGAUUAACACAAACAAGUCUUUUUAUAAACAUUUUACAGUACACGCAAGUACAUUGACUAAAAGUGUUAAAAUAAUCUUUUGUAAAAUAUGUAUGAGAGCGCUUGUAAGAGAUUGAUUUUGCCUUCCUGCAUUGAAACGAAUUUAUACUAAAGACAAACUCAUUUUCGAGAAAAUAACGAGCAAAAUACA